AUGGGAAACGUGCCGACCGUCGACCCCCCUGCAAACUGCACCAUCGAUGCAUGUCCAGUCUCGACCAGCUUCUACGACUACCGCAUCAACCUCGCCGCCAACCUCGCCUUCCUCGUCCUCUUCUCCCUUCUCACAUUCGUCUACCUCGCAGUAUGGCUCGCCGCCCGCCACGGCCAUGCCUACGCCGUCGUCAUGAUCCUCGGCACCAUCAGCGAAAUCAUCGGAUACGCAGGACGGGUUUGGUCGUACUACGACCAAUGGAACGAGACGCCGUACCUCAUCCAGAUCAUCUGCCUCACCAUCGCACCAGCAUUCUACUCUGCAGGAAUAUACCUUUGCCUUGCUGGAAUCGUGAGGAUCUUUGGCGAAGACAACUCAAGGGUCAGGCCGUUGUGGUACACAUACAUCUUCGUACCUUGCGAUAUCAUUGCCUUGAUUUUGCAGGCUGCUGGCGGAGCCCUGGCUGCAACGUCAAUCGAUGGAGCAUCGGACACGUCUGAGCUCAACACCGGCGUCGAUAUCCUGCUGGCUGGUCUAUCCUGGCAAGUCUUCACAUUGACCUGCUUUUUGGUCUUAUGCGCAGAUCUGGCGUUGCGAAUCCGACGACGAUGCCGCAAACUGGGAAUCGCCGUGGCCUUAUCCCAGGAUCCAGUAUCAGUGGGCAUCCGCACCACAAGGCGGUUCCAGUAUUUCUUGGGUGCAUUGUCUCUCGCAACGAUCUUGAUCCUUUGGCGUUGUGCGUACCGAGUCGCCGAGCUGAACGAUGGGUUUUCUGGACCGAUCACAUACAAGCAGGGGCUGUUCAUUGGAUUUGAGGGGGUUUUGAUUGUUGUUGCUGCUACUUUGAUGGUUGUCGCGCACCCUGUUGUGUGUAUGAGAGGGAGUUUUGUUGGCCAGUCUAAGGCUGCGAGUGAAGGCUGA